CUCAGGGUGAUAUACAUAACCCACACCCCAUUGUCACGGAACUAUCAUCUGCUUCCAAUUCAAUCAACACGUCAUCUCUAAUAUCUCCCCAUCAGCCCUCACAGGAAGAUCCUCGCCCAUCUGAUCUAGACGACAAAUCCUCGAUUGGAUCAGAUAACAACCGAGACAAAUAUCAUCUCCCAACUCUGCUCCGUCAGAAAAGACCUAAACUCAUUACUCUUCUUUUCACACUUUCCGAACUUCUUGCUCAAUCACGUUCCCAAACCAUCCGACUGCUCCGUGAUCUUAGCGAUGUACCACCAGGGACGUUAUUAUUAGUGGUCGAUUCCGCGUCGGAUAUUUCCGAUGUCAGUCUAGGGGAAGAAGGACGAAAAUGGCCUAGUUGGAUGGUUUUGGAUGCUGUGAUGUUGGGUCCCAGUAAAGAGACGGACCAAAGACGACAAAAUACCACAGAGGGACACAAUGGAAGGCGGGAUGUCGGACAACCAGAAAGAGGUGAAGGGAAUCAGAAAGAUGGUGGAGAAGAACUGGAGCAGGAGACAAGAGGGACGAAAAGCCAGGAGAAGGUCGAAGGAGCAGUAGAGGAAGAGGAAGGAUUGGGAAUAACAAAUGGAGCGGGAAAGGAAAAGAGAAGCAAGAGAGAACAAGGGGAAUGGACAUUGGUAAGGAGUGAAGAUAGCAGAUGGUAUCGUCUAUCAGAAGGAUUAGGUUCAGGAUGGCCUACAAAGUUGGAAAAUACAAGGUAUUGGUAUCGACUUUAUCGACGCUCGUGAUCUUAAAUGCAUACAUUUUUUUAC